CAGCCCCACCACGCCUCCGUAGCGCUCCCAGCUCCGUGUUUAUUACACAUCCGUGGGUUGUCGAGAGAGGAGCUGCUAACGUGAUUGUGUUGUGAUCUGUGAUGCACUAAUGGAGAAUAUAGAGACGGGGUCUAACAGCGACCGCAGCAGUAACAUGUCCGGCUCACCGAUUCCGAAAGGGUCCCCGCCGGCGGGGGCGGCCGUCAAGCAAGAAUCGCCGCACGUCCACCAUUCGCCGCCUCCGGUUUCGACGCCGAGCUCGAUCGCCGCGUCCCUCAACCCGCGUCACUUGGCAGCGGGGAAACAGGAAUCGCCGCACGUCCACCACCUCUCGCUGCCGCCUCCGGGCCUCGGGCUGCUUGGCAUGGUGCCGCAUUCGCCGUUGGACCUGAUGGCCGUCGCCCAUCAUCAUCCGCCCCCGAGGUCCUACUCGAGCCCGCCUCCCAUCUCGACCUCCGACCCGACCGCCAACGAGUGCAAGCUGGUGGAUUACCGAGGCCAGAAGGUGGCCGCCUUCAUCAUCGCAGGCGACACCAUGCUCUGCCUCCCUCAGGCCUUCGAACUCUUUCUGAAGCAUCUGGUCGGCGGCCUCCACACCGUCUACACCAAGCUGAAGCGGCUCGACAUCGUCCCUCUCGUCUGCAACGUGGAACAAGUGCGGAUUUUAAGGGGUCUCGGGGCCAUCCAACCGGGUGUCAACCGCUGCAAGCUCCUCUCCUGCAAAGACUUCGACAUCCUCUACAGGGACUGCACCACUGCAAGAUGGCAUUUACAAAGCAGCAAUCGAAUAUAUACAAGAAAGCCCGGAAGACCUCCGAAACGAGCACCGGUCGGCCUCUCACUGGCGGCGUCUCACCUUUCACAGCAGAUCAAGAAACACAGGAUGGACAACGGUGACUACCCUUCCUCAGGCUACGAGAACGGUCACAUCUCAGAAGGUCCGAGGCUGGAGAAGUCGCCCCUGCUCGCCAACGGCUACAACCACCCUCCGACCCACCUCAACCACAUGCAGUUCAUGCAACUGAACCACCCGGGCUCCGGUCACACGGCCAUACUCAAUCCGGGACUGCAGCACCAUCUCAUCAAACCGCCACCGCCCAUUGAGGCCUUGUCCAGGUCCGGUAUUUGGGAGAACUGCAGGGCCGCCUACGAGGACAUCGUCAAGCACUUGGAAAGACUGAGAGAGGAGAGAGGCGAGAACGAACGAGCCCUCGCACUCGACCAAAAGCAACCCAGGGACCUGAGUUUACACAACGGAAAUCACUACAACAGUUCGUCAAACGGACAGAGCCCGGUCCUCAACCUAAGCAAAUCCGUCGGCGAACAGAGUUGUAGCGACGGCGGGCAGACCGGACCCGAAGACGAAGACGAAGAAGACGACAACCCCUCGGACCCUGAGGACGACGAGGAGGACAAAGACCAAGAUCUUUCGGACACUGGCGAAGGGGUGAACUCGAGCGGAGCUGUGUCGCCCCACGCUCUCAACUAUUCAGCAGCCCUGGGGACGACGGGGGGCGGACCCUCGGCCCCGACUUCCGAUCCGACCAUCUCCUCGACGGAGACCCUUCUCAGGAACAUCCAGGGUCUCCUGAAAGUGGCCGCAGAUAACGCCAGGCAGCAGGAACGGCAGAUCAACUACGAAAAAGCCGAAUUGAAAAUGGAUGUCUUGAGGGAACGGGAGGUGAAGGACAGCCUGGAGCGGCAGCUUCUGGACGAGCAGAAAGUGCGAAUGGUCUACCAGAAACGGUUCAGAAAGGAGCGCAAGGCCCGGAGGCGGCUCCAGGACCAGUUGGAAAUCGAAAUGAAGAGAAGAUCUCAACUCGAGGAGGCAUUGAAAGCUGCCGGAGCGCCACCGGAAGCCCUCCGAGUACUUUCAGAGAGCUGCGCUCAGAGCGCGAGCCAGACGACUGGAGGUAGCGGCGGCUCUGCAACGGCAGCCGGGGGCGGCAGCGGGUCAACCUCGACGGGCAACGGGGGCGGCAGCGGCGGAGGCGGCUCGCAGACGACGGAACGCGACCGCCCCGAAAGGCCGGAGGUAGCUGAACAGGCUACGCCCACAAAUUACACCACACCAUCGACAACACCACGCGACCCGCCCCCGCCUCAGGACAAGCCCUGGAACUAUUCCAGCAUAGACCUCAUCAACUCCGGGGCCGCCUUCUGGCAGAACUAUUCCGAGACACUGGCCCAGGAACUCGAGCUCGAGAGGAAGUCGCGUCAACAACAGGCCGAAAGAGACAAGUCGCCCCUUCAAGAGAGUCGACCGGGCUAUUACAAGAACUCAGUCCUGUUCAGCAGCGCAACUUAAAACGAGUCAGAUUACAUGAAACUGUUUAUAUUUAUUAAUGAUCGUGUUCUAUGAUCGAGUGACUUUUGUUGAGGGAAAAUGAAAAUUUAUGAGAUGAUGAAUUGACAUUUUUUCGUAAUUGGAAUGGAAUCUUUAAAACAAAAAUAUUGUAUAGAGCAUUUAGACUAUUUUAGGGUCUCCUUAUACUAAUUAGCUUUUUUCUUUGAAUGAAGCACAACAUAAUCGCGUAUUGUAUAAAGGUUUUUAAAUUAUUUGUUGUUCAGCGUCUCGGGGGCGGAGCGGUGGAGUCUGUAACGCACAUUAACGCCAGGACGCUCAAGAUUAUAUAAGUUGUUAUUUUGUUUUGAGUCAUAUGUUUAAGGCUGUUAUAUAGGACUUAGCAUUUUAGAUUUAGACACCGACAAUGUUUACUUUAUUACAAAAAAGUUAAAAUAAAAUAAAAAUAUUUAUUUCUUAAAGAAAAAAAUCAUGCCAGUCGCAAAUUCUAGUACAAAAAUUUUGUGUAAAAUUUUUCGGCCUCUCGAACUUUAAUUACUCCGAGUACUGGAUUAUAUAAUUUAUAUACUUUAUAUAUAAAUGUGUGUGUAUAUAUAAAUAUCGUAUCAACCUAUCGUAGUAAGGGAAAAGACGUAAUGUAUUCGCACGUUAAGACUACAACAAAAGCAUUACUGCUCCCAGUUCUUUUGUUAUAUAUAUUUUUUAUUUAAUUAAUUAGCUUAUAGUUGUGUGUGUACAUACAUAACUAGUGUCAAUUGGUUCUGAAAUUAAAGUGGUUUCUUCAGACGCCCUCAAAGUCAAAAGUGGUUCAUAUUUAUACUCCCGAUUUGUACAGGAAUUAAGAAGAAAAGUGACAAAAGUCGCACUCAUAAUAGGGUGUCUUAUGUGUUAUUUUCUACAAUACUUAUAAAUAUAUAUAUAAUAUAAAUAUUAAUAAUUAUUAUCUAUGUAUAGCGUUCCCAUUGUGUAUAUAGCACGUCGUAGUGGCUGUAUCUUGUGGGCCCCAGCCUCGUAUCAGAGCUUUCUUUGUAUAUUAGAGUAACCUAGAAACCUCAAGAUUGCAAAGAACUGACAAAAAUAUAUCCUCUUUUCCUGUUUGAUGUUCCUUUCCUUUAUUAUUAUUAUAACAUGUUAAUUUAGAAAAAAAGAAAGUUUAGUUUUGUGUUUUUAUACGAAAAAUGUACUUAAGUGAUGUGUUAGGCUGGAGCCCUUGUUCCAACAUAAAUGUAAAAUAUAUAAAGAAAUUGUAA